AUGAGGAAGGUCUGCACAGAUCUCCCAGCGUACACACCGGAAAUUUUUCCCGCUGCAGAGAAUGACUCCUGCUUCCAGCUGCAAGACAUCCUCGACUUCUGCGACCCAUUAAUCGACGGUGAAUUGUUUGAAGGCCUGGAAAUGGACGGCAACCUACAGAUUCCGACCUCGGAUUCAAACCAGCCAAACAAGAUCGGCGAUUCUCAAGCAAAGAAACAGAGAGGUGAGUGUAGCUCGAGGAAAAGAAAAUCAGAUGAACUUGGUGUUAAGGUCGCAUUUAAGACAAUGUCGGAUGUUGAGAACUUGGAUGACGGAUACAGAUGGAGGAAGUAUGGAAAGAAGAUGGUUAAGGACAACCAAAACCCUAGGUAA